UCUCAACAUAAAAUCCCACAACAAUUCACAACCCGAAAAAAGACAGAGACAAUGGCACAGCCCAUGCGCUUCAUGCUCAAUCAUAUAGAAACAGAAUCCUACGGCGCUUUCACCCCUCAAAACCUUAGUCCGCUGAUCAAUCGUGCGAUUCCACACACUCGAGCUCAAAUCUCCGGAUCACCUGUCGUAGCCGUCGGCCGAGGAUCAUCAGGUCGGACCUUCUUUGGCGUCAAUGUGGAAUUACCAGGUCUGCCUCUUGACCACUCCAUCCACGCCGAACAGUUCCUUCUCGCCAACCUCGCCCUCCACUUCGAGCAAAAACUCGAAUGCAUAGCCAUCUCCACUAACGGCUACUACUUCCAGGAGCCAUGCGGCCACUGCUGCCAAUUACUUCAUAAAAUCAGAGAUAUGUCUGAUACCAAAAUCUUGCUCACGAACCCAACCGGUCAGAAAGGAACAUACAUGAAUCUUUCGACCUUCCUUCCGCAAGGAUUAAUCUCCCAGGCAAACGUCCCUCGCCUUCUCGAGCGGAACUUUAACUGCAUCGAACUCAUAAAUCACAGUCUCUACAUGGAUAUCUGCAGUUAUUCCGAGCAUUGUAACCAUCUCAAUUGCAGGGCUCUAAAGGCGGCGACCAUAUCGUACGCGCCGGAUAGCAAGUGUCCGUCGGGAGUGGCGCUGAUUGAUCACCGAGGUAAAGUGUACAGUGGAGGGUACAUGGAAAGUGUGGCGCAUAACACUAGUUUGGGGCCAGUACAAGCCGCACUGGUUGACUUCGUGGCUAAUGGCGAUGGCCAAGAGUUCAAAAAUAUCGUCGAAGCGGUGCUGGUGGAGAAGAAAUGUGGGGUGUUGAGUCAAGAGGCCACUGCGAGGAUGAUUUUAGAGAAGAUAGCCGACCCCGACUGCAUUUUCAGGGUCUUACAUUGCAAAUAAGUCCUCACACUAAUGUGGGAAACGAGACUAUAACUCAACAAAAGAAAUAUGAUUUAUAAUAGUUUAAAAUAUUAUUAAAAAAAGUUAGUGAUAAUAAUGUAAGGGCAAAUUAUUUCCCAGUAUCUACAUGGAUAUUUUAGUUUGAAGUUCAUCGUUGAAUAAUUUUUACAGAAAAAGAUGGAAACAACUUAUUUUUCGAACCC